UUACAGAAAAGUGCAUUAUCUGUCGUCAACAAUGUGAUGAAACGUAAAAUGUUUCUUCGAUUUUUUUGGUGUUUGUGAUGUGCAAGUGCAGUUUUAUGGAACUAAAUAAAUUCUAGGAUUAUGGAUGAGUCCAUCGAGACGCUCAGGGUCGUUCCUGAGCUCUACUUUCUGAUAGCGAAAUUUCUCUCCGGUGGACCUCUGAAGGAAACUGCAAAGACCUUGCUAAAAGAGCUCGAGAGCGUCGAGGUACUGCCCCGCAGGCUCGACUGGCAAGGCAACGAGCACGCCCAAUCGUAUGAGGAACUUGCAUCUCAAUACACGGACGUGUCAUGGAGCCGCCUAGCGUCCGUGUGCGAGCGAGCGCUCUCUCUCGCUCGCUCCGUGUCCGCGCUCCCCUCGCGCCCCGCCCCCUCCGCCGGGACCGGUGCCGGUGCCGGCGCCGGGAGCCCGACCGCGCCGACGUCGCCCCAAGCGGACUUGAGCGAGAAACUCACGGCGCGCCUCUCGCUGCUCAGUGAGACGCUGGUGCGGCCGAAACCGAAGUAUGCCUCGCAUAAGCAGGACCAUUCGCUUGUCCGCCGAGUGGUGGCGCGCGAGUUGGGCGUGGGCGCGGCAGCCAGGGCGGGCGGCGCCGGCGGGCGCGCCAUGUUCCCUGCGCGACUACUGGGCGGGCUGCAGCUACAACGCCGCACGCUCGGCCACCUGUCCGCCGUCUACUGCCUCGUGUUCGACUGCACCGGCCGCUACGUGGUCACGGGCGCGGACGACCUGCUGGUGAAGGUGUGGGACGCGCGCGACGGGCGGCUGCUGAGCACGCUGCGAGGCGCUGGCGCAGAGAUCACGGACGUGUGCGCGUCGGCGGACGGCGCCUUGCUGGCCGCCGGCUCCGUGGAGCGCCUGGUGCGCGUGUGGGAGCUGGCCAGCGGCGCGCCCACGGCCGUGCUGCACGCGCACGCCGGCACGAUCACGGCGGUGCACUGGGCGCCGCUGGCGCACGACGUGCGCUGGCUGGCCUCCACCUCCACCGACGGCUCCGUUGCCUUCUGGACGUGCGCCGACGGACAGUUCCUCUCGCAGCCAGUGCAAUUCGUGGAGCGUCUCCGCCCAGGCGCCUGCCACAUGAUCUGCGCGGCGUGGUCGGCGGGCGGCGCCUUCCUGGCCGCCGGCAGCGCCGACCACCACGUGCGGCUGUACGCCGUGCGCCGCGAGCCCGGCGGCCCGCGCCGGGUGCUGGAGACGGCGGUGCAUAAUGACGCGGUGGACAGCAUAGCCUGGGCGCACAGGGGGCUGCGGUUCGUCUCGGGGAGCAAAGAUGGUACGGCUGCGUUGUGGACACUGCACGCUACUCAGUGGCGCCACGCGUUGCUGCUGCCUCAAUCCACUGCUGCCGACGGCAAGCGGCUCAAGGUGACGAUGGUUUGUUGGGACUGCAGCGAUGAGUACGUCAUCACGGCCGUUUCAGACAACACGAUACGAGUGUGGUGCGCGCGCUCAUUCACUCAAAUCAACUGCCUGUCGGGACACCGCGACGAGGCGUACGUGCUCGAAGCGCACCCGUUCCUGCCCGCCGUGCUGCUGUCUGCCGGCCACGACGGCCAGCUGUUCGUGUGGCACGCGGCGAGCGGCGAGGUGAUCGCGCAGUUUCACAACCACAUCGAGGGGCAGGGCGACGGCGCCAUCUUCGACGCCAAGUGGGGCGGCGGCGCCAGCCUGGCCGCCUCCGACUCGCACGGCCACCUGCUGCUGCUGGGCCUGGGCCGCGGACACCGCCUGCUCGCCCAGCUGCCCGCCGAGCUGUUCUUCCACACGGACUACCGCCCGCUAGCCCGCGACGCGCUGGGCGGCGCGCUGGACGAGCAGACGCAGACGCCGCCGCACCUCAUGCCGCCGCCCUUCCUCGUGGACGUGGAGGGGGCCCCGCACGCGCCGCGCCACCAGCGCCUCGUGCCCGGCCGCGAGCUGCUGCCCGCCAGCCAGCUGGUCCCCGCCGCGCCCGCGCACCGCGCGCUCGACCGCAUGAUACAGGCGUUGGCGGCGGAACAAGACGGCGAGGAGGCGGCGGCGGCGCCGAGCGGCGUGUGGCGCGGCGAAGGAGUUCGGCACACGCUCGGCUCGUGGCAGCAAGAUGAGACGCCGCUGGCGCCAAGACGACGCGCGCUCCGCCCGCCCAAUCCUGCCAUGGCGGCCCGGGUGGCCCAGGCGCACGCAGAAUUGUACGAGCUGGAGCAGGCGUGGUUCCGGCGCGAGAUGCGGCGCCGCCCGCUCAUGAUCAGCACCGCGCCGCACGCCCCGCGCCGCCGCACCGGCCGGCCCCACGCGCGCCCGACGCCCCGCCCUACGCCCCGCCCACGCCCCGCCCCGCUGGUAAGCCCCGCUCGUGAUCAGCACCGCGCCGCACGCCCCGCGCCGCCGCACCGGCCGGCCCCACGCGCGCCCGACGCCCCGCCCUACGCCCCGCCCACGCCCCGCCCCGCUGGUAAGCCCCGCUCGUGGUCAGCACCGCGCCGCCGCACCGGCCGGCCCCACGCGCGCCCGACGCCCCGCCCUACGCCCCGCCCACGCCCCGCCCCGCUGGUAAGCCCCGCUCAUGAUCAGCACCGCGCCGCACGCCCCGCGCCGCCGCACCGGCCGGCCCCACGCGCGCCCGACGCCCCGCCCUACGCCCCGCCCACGCCCCGCCCCGCUGGUAAGCCCCGCUCGUGGUCAGCACCGCGCCGCCGCACCGGCCGGCCCCACGCGCGCCCCACGCCCCGCCCUACGCCCCGCCCACGCCCCGCCCCGCUGGUAAGCCCCGCUCGUGGUCAGCACCGCGCCGCCGCACCGGCCGGCCCCACGCGCGCCCGACGCCCCGCCCUACGCCCCGCCCACGCCCCGCCCCGCUGCACCGCGCCGCCGCACCGGCCGGCCCCACGCGCGCCCCACGCCCCGCCCUACGCCCCGCCCACGCCCCGCCCCGCUGGUAAGCCCCGCUCGUGGUCAGCACCGCGCCGCCGCACCGGCCGGCCCCACGCGCGCCCGACGCCCCGCCCUACGCCCCGCCCACGCCCCGCCCCGCUGGUAAGCCCCGCGCCGCCGCACCGGCCGGCCCCACGCGCGCCCCACGCCCCGCCCUACGCCCCGCCCACGCCCCGCCCCGCUGCCCCGCUCGUGGUCAGCACCGCGCCGCCGCACCGGCCGGACCCACGCGCGCCCGACGCCCCGCCCUACGCCCCGCCCACGCCCCGCCCCGCUGCCCCGCUCGUGGUCAGCACCGCGCCGCCGCACCGGCCGGACCCACGCGCGCCCGACGCCCCGCCCUACGCCCCGCCCACGCCCCGCCCCGCUGGUAAGCACCGCGCCGCCGCACCGGCCGGCCCCACGCGCGCCCCACGCCCCGCCCUACGCCCCGCCCCGCUGGAGGAGCCACCAGAGCCUCCGAGUGCAUCCAGCGACACAUCAGACGAGUCGGUGCGCCUGUCUGGCUCGGGCCGCGACUCGCGCUCCAGCCGCUCGAGCCACUCCAGCGGCAGCGCGACCGAUUCCAGCAGCAGCUCGUCGUCGUCGCAGUAUUCCGACUGGGAGGCGGGCGCAGCGCUGGCCCCGCCCGCGCGUGCUCGUCGCCGUCCGCUGCCUGCCAAGAGAUACAGCCCAAGCGCAGUGGCCGCCAAACGAGCCGAGCGGACCGAAGACCUUCCCACCACCUCCGCCGCGUCCCCCACCACCCCCGCCGAAGACACCGCGCCCCCUCCGGACGAGCUGGGCGACGCCUACCGCGUGGGCGACUGGCUGACGGCCGUGUCGCCGCGCAAGGCGCCCUACCAUCCGCAGAUGGGCGACGAGUGCUUGUACUUCAGGCUGGGCCACCAGCGCUACUUCGAGGCGGUGGCGGAGAAGGACCUGUACAAGGUCAACCCGCGCGACAAGCCCUGGGAGCGCACGCACGUCAAUGACUGUGAGGUGGUGAAAGUGAUCGGCAUCAAGUACGUCAUCAAGCCGCCGCGCGUGGUGUGCCUGCGGCUGGCCUGCUCGCUGGACGCGGCGCGCGCGCGCUCCUUCACCGUCCGCUACCACGACAUGCCCGACGUCAUCGACUUCCUCGUGCUCCGCCAGCAGUACGAGGCCGCCACGGCGCGCCACUGGGGGCCCGGCGACAGGUUCCGAUGCAUGAUCGACGACUCGUGGUGGACGGGCGUGGUGCUGGAGCGGUCUGGCGCGGGCCCCGGUGCGGGCCCCGGUGCGGGCCCCGGCGCGGGCCCCGGUGGGGGCGCGGGCCCCGCGGCGGCGUUCUCGGCGACGGCGGCGCCGCACUUCCUGUCGCUGAAGGUGCGCUGGGACAACGGGGAAGUGGAGAGGUUGUCGCCGUGGGACCUGGAGCCUAUUGAUGUGGAAAGACUGCCAUCAGAGCCAGGUGGCUCCGUAGGCGUGCUCCCGCACGAGCUAGAAGCUGUGUUAUACCGACCUGAACCCCACGAGUGGCCCCCGCGAGGCGACCGCUCCGCCGCCUGCCGCGCCAUCGCGCAACACGUGUCGCAGGUGAUGUCUCUGUCGGUGGCGGAGGCAUUCGUGGCGCCGGUGGAUCUACAGCGAUACCCGGCCUACGCGCGCGUCGUACCCUACCCCAUCGACCUGGCCACCGUGCGGGCCCGAUUUGAUAACCUGUUCUACCGACGCGCGGCGGCCGCUCAGUUCGACGUGCGAUACUUGGCCACCAACGCAGAGCGCUUCAACGAGCCGCACUCGCCCAUAGUACGCCAGGCGCGUCUGGUCACCGACCUACUGCUGCACAUCAUCAGCCACUGGCGCGAGGUGGACGUGCUGAGCAAGUACCGCGAGCUGGCGGCCGCCUACCACUCCUCCGACGACGAGCCGCUCGCACACGCCGUCGCCAACAAGGUAACACACACGUCACACCACUCACCAGGCGGCGUGCUGCGCUCGGUGCUGCGCUCGCUACUGCGCUCGCCCGACGCCGAGCCCUUCAAGCAGCCCGUCUCGCCCGAGGUGGCGCCCGCACCAGGCGGCGUGCUGCGCUCGGUGCUGCGCUCGCUACUGCGCUCGCCCGACGCCGAGCCCUUCAAGCAGCCCGUCUCGCCCGAGGUGGCGCCCGCACCAGGCGGCGUGCUGCGCUCGGUGCUGCGCUCGCUACUGCGCUCGCCCGACGCCGAGCCCUUCAAGCAGCCCGUCUCGCCCGAGGUGGCGCCCGCACCAGGCGGCGUGCUGCGCUCGGUGCUGCGCUCGCUACUGCGCUCGCCCGACGCCGAGCCCUUCAAGCAGCCCGUCUCGCCCGAGGUGGCGCCCGACUACUCGCUGGUGGUGGCGCACCCGAUGGACCUGGGCACGGUGGGCGCGCGGCUGGCGGCGGGCGAGUAUGCUCGCCGAGCACAGUUCGCGCACGACGUUCGCCGCGUAUUCGCCAACAGCCGCCUCUACAACACCAACAAGCGCAGCCGGAUAUACUCGAUGACGGUGCGUCUGUCAGCGUUAUUCGAGACGCUGUGGGCGCGCGCGCCCGCCUCGCCCGCCCGCCCGCGCCGCGCCCGCCCAAGACGCGUCCGCCCACGACGCAACGCAGAGACAUCAGAAGCAAUGAACGGCAGCCUCGACCACGACGAUCACCUUCAACAGCGGGCAUCCGACGACUCGAGUUCCGAAGAGACACUCGCCGCCACCUCGCGCCGCGUUCAUAGAGCGAGGCACCCCGCCCCCGCCUCGUCGGCGCCCGCCCUACAGCCCGCCCAGCCUCGUGGGCGCGCGCGGGACUCGUGGGACAGUGACGCUCCACUACACACGCACACUAAAGGUACAGACACACCGAGCGAGGCACGCGCCCGCCCCCGCCUCGUCGGCGCCCGCCCUACAGCCCGCCCAGCCUCGUGGGCGCGCGCGGGACUCGUGGGACAGUGACGCUCCACUACACACGCACACUAAAGGUACAGACACACCGAGCGAGGCACGCGCCCGCCCCCGCCUCGUCGGCGCCCGCCCUACAGCCCGCCCAGCCUCGUGGGCGCGCGCGGGACUCGUGGGACAGUGACGCUCCACUACACACGCACACUAAAGGUACAGACACACCGAGCGAGGCACGCGCCCGCCCCCGCCUCGUCGGCGCCCGCCCUACAGCCCGCCCAGCCUCGUGGGCGCGCGCGGGACUCGUGGGACAGUGACGCUCCACUACACACGCACACUAAAGGUACAGACACACCGAGCGAGGCACGCGCCCGCCCCCGCCUCGUCGGCGCCCGCCCUACAGCCCGCCCAGCCUCGUGGGCGCGCGCGGGACUCGUGGGACAGUGACGCUCCACUACACACGCACACUAAAGGUACAGACACACCGAGCGAGGCACGCGCCCGCCCCCGCCUCGUCGGCGCCCGCCCUACAGCCCGCCCAGCCUCGUGGGCGCGCGCGGGACUCGUGGGACAGUGACGCUCCACUACACACGCACACUAAAGGUACAGACACACCGAGCGAGGCACGCGCCCGCCCCCGCCUCGUCGGCGCCCGCCCUACAGCCCGCCCAGCCUCGUGGGCGCGCGCGGGACUCGUGGGACAGUGACGCUCCACUACACACGCACACUAAAGGUACAGACACACCGAGCGAGGCACGCGCCCGCCCCCGCCUCGUCGGCGCCCGCCCUACAGCCCGCCCAGCCUCGUGGGCGCGCGCGGGACUCGUGGGACAGUGACGCUCCACUACACACGCACACUAAAGGGAAAGGCAUCGGUAAGAAGAGUAAAAGCAGUAGCAACAACAGCACGGAACCAGUUCCCAGCACCAGCGGCGCUCAACACGUGUACAACGAAACCAACGGCGGUCGCUCCUGGUCGGACGGCUCGGCUCUACUCGAAGCGGCGUCCGACAGCGACGCCUGCGAGGACAUCGAGGUGUUGGAAGAAGAAUUGGAGGAUGACGUGGAGCUGGCUUACGAGGAGCCGCGGCCUCGGAAGCGGCGCCGGCGGCCUGUGUCUGGAUCUGGGAGU